GGUAGAUACAGCGGAGGGUUCUAGGGGUGUCUGCGUGGGUUCUAUUGAGCCGCCCUUUUUAAGCAAACCGAUCCUUGUCUUUAGAACCAAACUAAAUGGGUGGAAAUUUUAGUUCCAUCGUAGUGAAUUUCUUGUUAAAUCGCUUCUCGUAUAUAAGGGACUCGUUUUGGCCGACCCUCGCAUCAAAUUACUACAUUUAAAGCUAACGUUUUUGUGGCCGCGAAAUGCAUGAAUGAAAGACACAUGAAAUAAGAGUCAAAUUUGAUUAGUGCCGUAUUUUGAGUGGUGGCGACGAGAAGAGAAUUAAAAUAUGGGCAAGGGAAUGGAGAAAAAAAGUUCAAGUUAGCGGGGAAUCCGAGUUAUACGGGUUCUUCAAGGAAAAAUGACGGAAAUUUAGACGCCAGUCCAAGGUAAAUCGAACUCAAGUCGAGUUAUCCAAGUCGAAUCAGAUAUGAGUCGUAUGACGGCUAUCUCAUGCUCCCUUUUACGGCACCGGUUGGAUUCUCUGCCGUACAAUGAUUUGUACGGUUAAACGUUCAUACGGGAACUCCUCUAGUUGUAUAAGAAAGAGACAUCUAGUACGAGACCCGUGUGGACAGGGUGUAAAAAUCGCAGAGUUCCGUGUAAACACUGUCUUCCCAUGUAACAGAGGCCUGGAAGCCUUAUGCCAUUCCUGCUGUAAUGAAGAUGAAGGAGUCGAAUUGGAGAAGAGAAGCUUCCUUCCUUUUACACAAAGACCGCUUCCAUCUGCAAUAAUUCCCCCGAGUUUCCACACCAGAUAUCCACAUACAAGCGAAAUACCUACAUUCCUACCUCUCCCUCCACCAGCAGGCCUCACAAUGGCGGAGUACCUCGAGGUGCGAUCCACCUUCCACACUCCCCGGCCUAUGAUUCCUGUAUUUCCGCCACCUCAAAUGAAGCACAUUAACCCGCCACCCGUUCUGAUUCACUAUGGACGCUAUCCAUCAAAUAUUGGGGAUAAUAGAACUACCGUGGAAGCAUCAUUAGUAGAAGAACUUAGACCCAAGCCGGAUGAUAGGAGGUCUGGUCAUGAUUGCAAAACAAAAGAAUUGAUACUUUCAAACCCAACCCUCAUGAAAGCAGGUAGUCCAAUCUCACUUCUACCGAAACUAGAACACUCGGCAAAGGACGAAAAGGAGAGAGUAUUCCGCUGCCUUGAAUGCGGGAAGGAAUUCCGACGGCCCUCAAGUCUAAGUACGCACAAACUCAUUCACUCCGACCACAAACCAUACGCUUGCACGUACUGCGACAAGAAAUUCCUGCGAAAAUCCGACAUGAAAAAACACACACUGAUGCAUACUGGUGCAAAGCCAUUUCAGUGCAAGCAGUGUGGCAAGGUGUUCAGCCAAUCAUCGAACAUGUUAACGCACAUGCGCAGACACACCGGUAUCAAGCCAUUCCCAUGCAAGAUAUGUGGAAGGCGGUUUUACCGAAAGGUCGAUGUUAGGAGGCACACGCUAAGGCAUGAGUUCAGGGCAAGUGUUGAGAAUGCAGUACUUAGGAGAUAGGGCAAAUGUUAAGAAUACAGAACUUAUGCGAUGGGGUUGUAACGUUUUAGAAUAAGAACAGUAAACAUUUUAAUUAAAGAAAGAAAGACUAGA